ACUCUUCCCCCGCGCCGCCUCACGGCUGCGGCCCUCGCUUCACCCGGACGCCCGGCGUGCGCGCCCGCCCGCCCGCCCGCCCGUCCGCCCGCCCGUCCGCCCGUCCGCCCGCAGGCCCGGGGCUUCAGCCCGCUCGUCCGCCGCCGCUCUCGCCGCGGCCCCGCUCGCGUCCACGCUGCCUCCCGGACCGGCGCGGACGCGGGCCACCGCUGCCCCUCCCGCCGCCACCCCGCCCCCUCCCCGCCUGUUUCGCCCGCCUGCCGCCGCUCCGGAUGAGGUGAUGGCAACGGCCAACUUCGGCAAGAUCCAGAUCGGGAUUUACGUGGAGAUCAAGCGCAGCGAUGGCCGAAUACACCAAGCAAUGGUAACAUCUUUAAAUGAAGAUAAUGAAAGUGUAACUGUUGAGUGGAUAGAAAAUGGAGAUACGAAAGGCAAAGAGAUUGACUUGGAGAGCAUCUUUUCACUUAACCCUGACCUUGUACCUGAUGAAGAUAUUGAGCCCAGUCCAGAACUACCUCCACCCUCGUCAUCCUCAAAAGUUAACAAAAUUGUAAAGAACCGGCGGACUGUGGCAGCUGUUAAGAAUGACCCUCCCCCGAGAGAUAAUAGAGUGGUUGGUUCAGCACGCGCACGGCCUAGUCAGCUUCCUGAGCAAUCGUCUUCUGCACAACAGAAUGGUAGCGUUUCAGAUAUAUCUCCAGUUCAAGCUGCAAAAAAGGAGUUUGGCCCUCCUUCACGUAGAAAAUCCAAUUGUGUGAAAGAAGUAGAAAAAUUGCAAGAAAAACGAGAAAAAAGGAGAUUGCAACAGCAAGAACUUAGAGAAAAAAGAGCCCAGGAUGUUGAUGCUACAAAUCCAAAUUACGAAAUUAUGUGUAUGAUCAGAGACUUCAGAGGGAGCUUGGAUUACAGACCCCUAACAACAGCAGAUCCUAUUGAUGAACAUAGGAUAUGUGUUUGUGUAAGAAAACGACCACUCAAUAAAAAAGAAACUCAAAUGAAAGAUCUUGAUGUGAUCACAAUCCCUAGUAAAGAUGUUGUGAUGGUCCACGAACCCAAACAGAAAGUAGACUUAACAAGGUACUUAGAAAAUCAGACAUUUCGGUUUGAUUACGCCUUCGAUGACUCAGCUCCUAAUGAAAUGGUUUACAGGUUUACUGCUAGGCCACUAGUGGAAACAAUAUUUGAAAGGGGCAUGGCUACGUGCUUUGCUUAUGGGCAGACUGGAAGUGGGAAAACUCAUACUAUGGGUGGUGACUUUUCAGGAAAGAACCAGGAUUGUUCUAAGGGAAUUUAUGCAUUAGCAGCUCGCGAUGUCUUUUUAAUGCUGAAGAAGCCAAACUAUAAGAAACUAGAACUUCAAGUAUAUGCAACAUUUUUUGAAAUUUAUAGUGGAAAGGUGUUUGACUUACUAAAUAGGAAAACAAAAUUAAGAGUACUAGAAGAUGGGAAGCAGCAGGUCCAAGUGGUGGGGCUGCAGGAGCGGGAGGUGAAGUGUGUGGAGGACGUGCUGAAGCUCAUCGACAUAGGCAACAGCUGCAGAACAUCUGGCCAAACAUCUGCAAAUGCACAUUCAUCUCGGAGCCAUGCAGUGUUCCAGAUCAUUCUAAGAAGGAAGGGGAAACUACAUGGUAAAUUUUCUCUCAUUGACCUGGCUGGGAACGAAAGAGGAGCUGAUACAUCCAGUGCAGACAGGCAAACCAGGCUUGAAGGUGCUGAAAUUAAUAAAAGCCUUUUAGCACUCAAGGAGUGCAUCCGAGCCUUAGGUAGAAACAAACCCCAUACGCCUUUCCGAGCGAGCAAACUCACUCAGGUGCUGAGAGAUUCCUUCAUAGGUGAAAAUUCUCGUACCUGCAUGAUUGCCACAAUCUCUCCAGGAAUGGCAUCCUGUGAAAAUACUCUUAAUACGUUAAGAUAUGCAAAUAGAGUAAAGGAGUUUGGAAUUAGUCCUUCAGACAUUCCCUUCUCCCAGGGUGGUGGCAGUCGCCCUGAUCUCUCUCCUUCUUACGAUUAUGACGACUUUUCUCCUUCAAUUACCAGGGUGAAAGAAUUGACUGUAAAUCCAGCUGCUGCUGGCGAUGUCCAUCCAAUAAUGCACCAUCCACCGAGCCAGAUUGAUGACUUAGAGACACAGUGGGGUGUGGGGAGUUCUCCUCAGAGAGAUGAUCUAAAACUUCUCUGUGAACAAAAUGAAGAAGAAGUUUCUCCACAGCUGUUCACUUUCCAUGAAGCUGUCUCCCAGAUGGUAGAGAUGGAAGAGCAGGUUGUGGAAGAUCAUAGGGCAGUGUUCCAGGAAUCCAUUCGCUGGAUAGAAGAUGAAAAGGCUCUCCUAGAGAUGACUGAAGAAGUAGACUAUGAUGUAGACUCAUAUGCUACACAACUUGAAGCUAUUCUUGAGCAAAAAAUAGACAUUUUAACUGAGUUACGAGAUAAAGUGAAAUCUUUUCGCGCAGCGCUACAAGAAGAAGAGCAAGCAAGCAAGCAAAUUAACCCCAAGAGGCCCCGAGCCCUCUAAGUUGGCGUUUGCUACUAAAGGAUCCCCAGAAUCCCCAAUACUGUAACAACGGUGGUCCGACUGUAAAGGCCACUUGAACGUUUUUGAAAUCUUUUUUUUUUUUUUUUUAACGUUUUUUGAAAUCUUAAGUGUGUGGAAAAUAUCUUGUCCUUCAUCUGAAUGACAUUUCAAUUUUGUGAAACACUCCUUUGUCGACAAAAUGCUUCUAGACCAAGAGGCACAACUAAUAAUUCGGACUAGUGAAGUAUUUUGUUUCAUUUGCCCAAAUAAAUAGUGAUUGCUUUUGGAUAUCCUUGCCAAUUUUAUUUAAAGAUUGUGGAAGUGAUCCAGAAGUGGAAGAUAGGGGAAGCCACAGAAUUUCCUUUAACGCAGAUCAAUUUUCAUAGCAAGACUGAGCAAUUUUGAACCCUUUGCGUGCAUGCAUACCUCAUGAGUGAUUGUACAUACUUUGCCUACUCCUAGAGACACUCGUGCUUACUCAUCCUUCUGUGCCUUGGCUAAGGCUAUUGACCCUAGAUUUCUAAAACAGCCGAGAUUAAUUACAUUCCUUGUUUGUGACUGUAAAUUACCUUUACUGUGUGUACAUUUUUACUGUAUUUGAGACAUUUUUUUGUGUGUGACUAGUUAAUUUUGCAGGAUGUGCCAUAUCAAUUGAACGGAACUAAAGUCUGUGACAGUGGACAUAGCUGCUGGACCAUUCCAUCUUAUGUGUAAAGAAAUCUGGAAUUAUGUGAUUAUAAUUUUCUUAGCAUUUUCUUUGUAAAAAAAAACCUAAAAUAUGAAUUAGUUGGUGUAUAGUAAAAAGUAAAGAAAUUCUGAGAGGAGUUUUAUUUUAGGAUAAUACAUAUAUACAUAUGCAGUGUGUGUGCCAGUGGUGUUAACAAGACUAAUAGUGGAAUUUGGUCCUUAACAAUGCCAUUAUUUAAGUUGAAGUGUUUAUUAACUCACCAAAAUUUAAUGUACUGUUAAAGGAAACUGGCUUCUGAUGCAUGAACAUUUGUAUGUACACUGAAAGUAAUCCCUAAUACAAGUUAGAUAAACCAAGCAUAGACAGUAUGUACCCCUGAGAAGUGUUGAUGACUUAUGAGGCAGGUUAUUCCAAGCUCCAUCUAAACCUAGUAUGUGAUGGUUUUUGAGAAUCAUAUUUCGCCUGUAGAUUGAUGGCAAAAUAGGCUACUCUAUUAAUGGCAGCACUCAUUUUUAGCUGCUAAUCUAAGAAAGAAAACUGGCCAAUUUUCAUGUAAAUAUUGUUUAAAGAUAUAUAUAUGUAUAUCUCUAGGAGUUUUCCCUUGGUUCCCACUAUCUAGUCCAGUAGGUUAACCAAAGAACCUCCCAUGGAUCUCUUAACUCUAGGGAGCCUACUGAUGACUCAGUGUACCGAGGGGAAAUCCAUGAAGAGUCAUGAGCCAGGUUCUUUACUUCACUGGUCAUAAAUGAUGAGAGUAGCUCUGAGGAAUCCGAACACCAUGGUGAAAACUCUGUAAACAUGAAAUCUAAAUCAAAUGUAGAUUUUUUCACAAUAUGCUUAUUAAUAAAUGAAAUUUAUGAAACGAAUUUAGAAAUAAUGUACUUCAAUAUAAUUAGCUUUGUUUUGGAAGGAACUCAGGUUUUCUUGGAGUUUUAUGCUAUAUUCUAUUUGUGUUUGUUUCAAAGACGGGAGGAAGAAUGAAGGACUAUUUCUAUUGACCUUGCAGCAGCUGUUUAAAGAAGGUAAUUUUUGCUGGGUAUAGUGGUGCAUGCCCUUAGUUGCAUCCAGCACAUGGAAGCAGAGGCAGGUAGAUAGAUUUCUGAGUUCUGGACCAGCCUGGUAUACAUACUAAGUUCUAGGACAGCCAGAGCUAUGUACAAAGACCUUGCCUCCAGUUCUGAGAAUGUCUCAUAUAUAGUGGGCAAUAAAGACACAAACUUGCUCAUAACUUACCUAACAGUUGAGCUUUAAUGUUACUGGCAUUGGACAGGUAUUAUCUUUGAAGGUCUUUAUAGAUACAUGUUUCCUUAUUGGCUUCGUCCUGAUCUGUAGUCAGAGUACAUCAAUAAAUAUCUUGGUAGGUAAAAUAUGAUUCAGCUUUACGGAGGGAAAGCUUUAGUUGGAAGAAAAUAAGCUGAGAAAGCCUAGUCUAGCAGAAUUGUUUCCCUAAGGUAGAGAAUGGUACAAGUGAACUGUGCAAAGUUGUUCUGACAAUAAACAAACUUUAAGAACAGUUCUGAUCAAUAUGACAAAAGCUGCUUUUGCAGCUAAGCAAAUGUUUUUGUUCUAGAUUAAAUAUUCUUUAGAAAUGUCUCAAACUUAAAGGCUGCUAACUAUUCAUAGCUACUAUAAUAAGUGUUUACUAUAUGACUUAGAAACUGGAUUUUGAAGGAAAAACUGUAGGCGAGCAAUUUAUAUUAAGUUUACUUAGCAUUCUUUUUCUCAAGUAAUUGGAGAUAUUCCUUUUAAGUUUUAAGUAUAAAUAGAGAAGCUAGUUUAGUUUCCUUAUAUAAAUAAAACAGCUAAUUUAUUAAAAUAUAUAAACAGCAUUUAUCUUUUAUCUGACAAUUUUUAAAUAGCUUAAAAAGAAACACCAGGUAGUAGAAUUUUAAUUAUCUAGAAGUCAGGAAUAACCAGGAACCUGUAGUUUUAGUCUGUUCUUUUAAAAAGCUGAAAACUAAAACUGGAAAACUUACUUUGCACAAGUAUAACCCCAGAAUUUAUUUAGGAGGCUGAGGCAAGAGUCUGAGAUUAAAGUCAACCUCCAAAAGACCCUCUCAUUCAAGAAAGGAAAUGAAUCAUAAAUUAAUGAGACCACCUAUUUGAUUGACAAAACCCUCCAGAGUUUUUCUAAAUCUGAAAAUUGUAGAUCUUGUCUCCCUUAAGGAAAUAUGUGAUUUAACAUGAGUUUUUACUUUCUAAGCUUCUGCAUUUUACAGGUAGUCUUAUGCAGAACUUGCCUGUACUGUCAUUGCAGCAGACUCAGCUCCCAGAAUUAUGAUGUUGUUUGUGUUGCAAGAGGCAAAUAAUAACACGUAGGGUGAAGGUGUGUGAAGAAAAGUCACAUUGGGGGCUUUCUGACUAGUUGAGUGAGCUGUAGGCCUACGUGAACCUCACAGUCUAAAAUAGUGAAUAAAAGUAACGUCUUCAUACAAUAAAUUGUUAGAAAGCUUAA